CGCCAAUAGUGAUUACUUCUCUCAGUUGCCUUUCCUUUCAUUUUCCGUCAGUUUCUUUAUCUUCUCUUCAGAGCCAUAUGGCCUUUUUUCAAUUACUUACUAUUUUAUUCUUUCCACGAGUUUGGACCAACAACCAAUAAUCUAUUAAUAUAAAAGGUAGAAGCGAGAAAAGCCAUUUGUUUAUCGGGAGUCAUCUCCAGUCGUAGUGUUGAUAAGCUUGAUAGAUGAACGGAAGGAAGAUGGCUACAAUUCAGCAGCUAUAUUUUGCGACUUCGCUGUUGCUUUUAGGGGCCAUUUCCGGCUUUCACCCACAGUUCAUUGCAGCCAAACCAGUUACCAAGAGUAAGCUUAAUUCUCGUAUUCUUCAGGACUCAAUCAUUAAGCAGAUAAAUGACAACCCCAUGGCUGGAUGGGAAGCUGCCAUGAAUCCCCGAUUCUCCAAUUACACUGUUAGCCAGUUUAUGCACCUUCUGGGAGUUAAACCAACACCCCGAAAGGAUUUGCAGAGUUUUCCUAUUUUAACUCAUCCAAAAUCUUUGAAGUUGCCAACUAAUUUUGAUGCAAGAACAGCUUGGCCUCAGUGCAACACAAUUGGAAGAAUUCUAGAUCAGGGUCACUGUGGCUCUUGUUGGGCUUUUGCUGCUGUUGAAGCACUAUCAGACCGUUUUUGCAUCCAUUUUGGCAUGAACAUAUCACUUUCUGUUAAUGAUCUCUUAGCGUGUUGUGGUUUCAUGUGUGGAGAUGGUUGUGAUGGGGGGUAUCCAAUUUAUGCUUGGCGAUACUUUGUCCACCACGGUGUUGUCACUGAAGAGUGUGACCCAUACUUCGAUCCAACUGGCUGUUCACACCCUGGGUGUGAGCCCGCAUAUCCUACUCCAAAGUGUGUUAAAAAGUGCACAGAUAAAAACCAGCUAUGGAAGAAUUCAAAGCGUUAUAGUAUCAAUGCAUAUAGAAUCAAUUCUGAUUCCCACAGUAUCAUGGCAGAGGUUUAUAGUAAUGGACCAGUUGAGGUCGCCUUCACUGUUUACGAGGAUUUUGCACACUAUAAAUCAGGAGUUUACAGACAUAUUAAAGGUGAUGUAUUGGGAGGUCAUGCUGUUAAGCUAAUUGGGUGGGGGACAACCGAUGCUGGGGAGGACUAUUGGCUUCUCGCAAAUCAGUGGAACAGAAGCUGGGGUGACGAUGGUUACUUCAUGAUCAAAAGAGGAACAAAUGAGUGUGGAAUUGAAGAGGAUGUGGUUGCUGGUUUGCCUUCAUUGAAAAAUUUUAUAAGGGAAGUUGCGAGUGUGGAUGCUGUUGUGGGUGAUGUUUCAAUUUGAGAUGGAUCUUUCUAUAUCUAGUAUGAACCAACUACAAAGUGUGGAAACACUGUUAUAAGUAUACCACUAUUAUAGUUGAUACUGGUCUUGAUAGGGAGCGCUGUUUCAUGUUAUAAAUAAAUACAUAAAUGGGGCAGCAAUGUGGACAUCUCACAGCCAUGCGCCCUUUACAUAAUCUGUUGAUCUCACAAUAUUUGUCCCUUGCUAUUGCAAGGGUGUAUGCGAACAGAGAUUUGCUA